UCCCAAAAACGAGGGAGUGGUUCGUUUCCAGAGCGCAGGAAUCCGUCGAUCUAAUUUUGCCGAAAGUCUGGGAAUAUAUGGAUUUUUACAGAUUUCUUUGCUGGUUUUAAUUAGACUUUUUUAAACGGAAAUUUAACUUGUCUGGCAUCAUAUGCGGGAGCUCAUUCUUUGCGUUUCAAGGCGCUAGAAUUCCCAAAGAGUGCAUUUUCGGCGAAGGAAAAGGAACAGGAAAAAAAAAACUACUGAAUUUCGGAAAAACAUGGAGACAAGGAGGGGAAGGAGCGGACUAAAAUGACUAAACCCAAGUUUACAGCUUCGGAAUACCGCAGAAAAACACGGAAUUGUUUUGUGGAGGAUGUUUUGGUAUUAAAGUAAAAUUUUAACGGUGUCUUUUUUUUCCAUCCCCCAACAAAGUAAUUUUUUGGAGGUGAAUUUCUGAAUUACUCCAACAAGUCGCCCUGUUUGACAUCAGAAGCAUUCAGAAGUUGAGUUAAAGCGGAAAUUCGGAAAUGUCGGAAUGUGAAGCCGCUUUAGACGGAAUUACAAUGAAACCUUCGGCACGGCGGAUGUUUUGAACCCGCAAAUUAUCAUUCAGCUACAAGGGAUACGAACCAGACAACAUUCUUCCUGAAGGAGAAAAAGUGCCAUGCUGUUCAGCUAAACCAAGCAGAGGCCUGAAACACAGCGAGGAAACAACUUUAUAACGUGUUUUUCCCCCAAAAUGAGAGUUUUUCCGUGUUAAUGCUAAUGACACGCUACUUUACACCAUACUUUGUUUUCUUUUCCCACAGAAGUGAACGUUCACGUUGCCUGGAGGGCGACAUUACGGGAAAAAAAAACACGCUAUUGAGGGCUACAGAGUAACAUUUCAGACGGUUUUGUUCAGUGGGAUACUUUUUAAAACACGGUUUAAUGCGUGAAAACAAACAAAUUCAAGUUUUCCACAUUAACGCUUGGAGUCGACACGAAGUCAGGGAGUCGUGUAAUGCUGAGGCAUUCGCUUGAGGGGGGAAAAGAGUAUGCUCCAUUUGCUAAACAUUCAUAAUUCUGUACUAUUUCCAACUAAUUUAGUGCAGCUAAAGCUUCUCCAGGACUUCUGGAUGUUUUUCGGGUCUUAUUUCUCAUAAUUUUGCGAUUUAAGUGCAAAUGACACACUCCCCUAGCCUACCACUGAGCCGCGGUGAAGUCGCCUCAUGUAAACUUACAUAGGCUAGCUUAGCAUACUUUUUCCGUUCGCCGUUCGUGACAGACUUUUGUUUUUUGGAUAAUAAAUAACCUUCAAAGUUCAUCUUUUGGAGCACACACGAGUGUUUUACCUUGGUAAAAUGCUAGUUGGAUAAAAGCUGAAGGAAAAAAGCAAGAAACGGAAGCCCAAUGAGCGGCUCACAGUCCACGAUAGCUGACAGGUUUCCCAAAAAACCAACCAGACCGGGAAGUAUUCUCAACAAGGACCACCCCCCAGACAAGAAGCCCAAGAGUGAGAAGGUGUCAGUGCCUCCUACACAUGACUUUGACCCCACAGAGCUGCCCGUGCAGAGUGUAGAGCGAAGGCCCGAGUCGUGUGGGCUUGUUCAGCGGUGUGUGAUUAUCCAGAAAGAUGAGAAUGGCUUCGGGUUGACAGUGAGCGGAGAUAACCCAGUAUUUGUCCAGCUGGUUAAAGAAGAUGGAGCUGCUAUGCGAGCUGGUGUUCAGACGGGUGAUAGAAUUAUUAAGGUCAACGGGACGUUAGUAACACAUUCCAAUCAUGUAGAAGUCGUGAAGUUAAUAAAAUCGGGUUCAUACGUGGCUCUGACGGUGUUGGGGAGACCCCCGGGCCUGCCGCAGAUCCCCUUAUCAGAGGGAGAGGGAGAUGGAGACCCUCUUUCCUCCCUCAGCUCCCCUCACUCCCCGGGCCCCACUGUAGCCGAGCGCUCAUCCUCUUCCUCCACCUCUCCCUCCGACCGCAUCACCUCCCCACUGCCUGCAUGGGAAGACAGCGGUGCAGUGUUUAAUCAGAAAGUCGACAUCCUGCAGAAGAUGCUCAUGAAGGAGCAGCAAGACCUGCAGGCUAUGAAAGAGGAAUACAGCAGAAACCCUACAGCGAGACUACUGAAGGACAUCCAGGAAGCCCAGAAGCACAUUCCUCUGCUUCAGGGCCAACUCAGUAAAGCCACCACGGCUGGACAGGAUGGUCUGCUUUCUCCGAGACCGGGAGAAGGAGAUCCAGAGGAAGGAGGAGGGUUAGGAGACGUGGACGCCUCUCUAUCCUGGCAGUAUGACUUAGAAUCACCCAUGAACAGCAACUCGACACCGGUCACGCCCAGUAUGAUCCCAGAAAGCCCGUACCAAAGAGACACACCAUGCCACAGCCCAAAGUCAACGCCGCGCAUCAGCCUCAACUCGUGCCCGUCUCCCGACGGCGAGGAUGUGGUCGACCUGGACUCGAACUAUCAGUGCAGCGUGGGAAGCCCGUCGUCCCGUCUGCCGCCUCCCAUCAUCGGAGCUGAGGACGAUGACUUUGACACCGAACAGGAGCAGAUGAACGGCCAGUGUAGCUGUUUUCAGACCAUAGAGCUGUUGAAGUCUCGGCCUGCUCACCUCGCAGCCUUCCUGCAUCACGUGGUCUCUCAGUUUGACCCUGCACCUCUGCUGUGCUACCUCUACGCCGAGCUCUACAAGCAGAGCAACCCCAAAGAGACACGGCGGAUAUUCGGGGAGCUCCACUCCACGUUCAUGGACCGAACAGCGCAACUGAAAGUAGUGGUGCCAGACUCGAUCUCGGCUGACAUGGAUCGAUGGAAGCCUGACUUAAUUCCAGAGGAUGUUCAAAGACAGCAUGUGCAGCAGCUACAGGACACACUCCUACCUGACAUCCAGAAACACCUGGAAGACUUCAGACAGAAGCGCAGUAUGGGCCUGACUCUGGCCGAAGCUGAGCUUAGCCGACUCGAUACUGAGCGCGUGCGAGACCGUGUGGCCCUGGAGAGAGAGCGCUCAUGCUCAGAGCAUAUCAUCUCCAAGAUCAAUGAAGUCCUGUUGACGCCAUCAGCCACAGAGGAGGAGAAGUGUACUGCCAUGCAGUUUGUCAUCCAGGCCUAUAUGAAGCACCUUGGGGUGAAGGUGAAGGAAUCUCGGGGGUUUGAGCCCAAACCCAAGCUAAUAAACCUUCUCCCUAAGAUCAAGAAGACUAUAAAACCAGAAAAGGAUGGAGGCGUGGAGGAAAAGCUGAAAAAGUCCCGCUUCCAGAUAAUGCGCAGCCAUAACAAGAGGCCCAGCCGAACCGACAUCUCCUCAAUUACCAAGGCUCUAGAGCAGAAUAAGCAGCGGACACAAAAGCAGCUGUCGCAGACCUCUCUAGGGACGACCGAUCAGGCUGAAACACCUUCAGCAGGCCGAACACGGAGCAGUCAGUCCAGUGAUGGGCCAGACGGCAGCACAGGCUCCAUCAACUCCCCUCUUUUCAGCCCUUCCCCUGCACAGAGCUCUGACAGCACAGCCAGAGAUUUAGAGCCAGGCACUGCUCCCUUGACAGCGUUACCCAGACUUGGAGAGGUCGGUCCUCUGGGUGAAGGACAGGACUCCUCUUCCUCAGGCACGCACUUUGACUUCACCUAUCCUCUGGACCAUCUCCAAGAGGAGGAGCCUGAAACGGACAGGAAUCCUGACGGAGGGACGCCGCGGCCACUCAGAAGGAUGGAGCCGUUGAGCUCAGGAGAGGUGCAGAGUGAGGAUGAUCAGGCGUUUGAGGUGGAGCCGGAGCAAGACCCUCCUCACUGGCAGACGCUGGUGAGCACAGACGUCCUCGCACUGCUGCCACCGCAUGAGAUCAAGAGACAGGAAGUGAUCAAUGAGUUGUUCUACACGGAGCGUGCUCACCUGCGCAUGCUGAAGGUGCUGGAUAACGUGUUCUACCAGAGGAUGACCCGAGAGGCCAUUCUGCCCCCUGCAGACAUCAAAAACAUCUUCACCAACCUGGAGGAGAUCGUCCAGCUACACGUGUCUAUAACAGAGCAAAUGACGGCCAUUCGGAAGAAGAACGAGACGGCGGUCGUAGACCUCAUAGGAGACGAUUUGCUGUCCUGGUUCAGUGGAACAGAAGAGGAGAAGAUCAAGCGGGCAGUGGGAACCUUCUGCAGUAACCAGCCCUUCGCUCUGGAGCUUAUAAAGAGCAGGCAGAAGAAGGAUCAGCGAUUUGCUGCCUUUGUGCAGGAGGCGGAGAGUAAUCGUCAGUGUCGAAGGCUCCAGCUGAAGGACAUCAUUCCUGUGGAGAUGCAGAGACUCACCAAAUACCCACUUCUGCUCGAAAACAUUGCAAAAUACACUGACGACACUGAGGAGAAAAGCAAAGUGAAACGAGCCUGCGAAUGCUGCCGUCAGAUCCUCAACCACGUCAACCAGGAAGUAAAAGAGGCUGAAAACAAACAGAGGUUAGAGGACUACCAAAGAAGACUGGAUCUCUCGUCACUGAAGCAGAGCGAGUACCCCAUGAUUGCUGAGUUUAAGAACCUCAACUUGACCAAACGGAAAAUGGUGCAUGAGGGACCAUUGUCUUGGAAAGUGAAUAAAGACAAGACUAUUGAGCUCUACACACUCCUGCUAGAGGACAUCUUGGUGCUGCUGCAGAAGCAGGAUGAGAAGCUGAUCCUGAAGUGCCACAGUAAGAAUCUGGCAGGCACGGCCGAGACCAAACAUAUCUUCAGUCCAAUCAUCAAGCUCAGCACCGUGCUGGUGCGUUCUGUAGCAACAGACAACAAGUCGUUCUUUGUGGUGUCCAUGUCCGAUUAUGGCGCUCAGAUUUAUGAGCUGAUGGCACAGACCGUGUCUGAGCAGAAAACGUGGCACGAUCUCAUCGGGCAAAGAGCAGAUUGUAUGAAGAGCCUGCCUCAGAAUGAUGGGGAGCGGGAAGCUGAUGAUGAGAUGAACUCUGGAAUGCCAAAAAUGAACAAAGAUCCGGAUCGCAUCUCUACUGGGAGCAUCCAGUCUCCAGAAAAAGAUGCUACUUCCUGCUCAGAGAUCAUGCAGAUUCCUACAGCAGGAAGCAACCCGUUUGACACCAAGUCAGAGGAUGAGGGAGAGGCAGAAGGAGAGGGUGAGCACUCACUGCAGGUUCAGGAUGAAGAGGAGGAUGAGGAGACCUUCCUAGACCCCGAGCUUGCAGAGAGACUUCCGUUCUUGAAGCAGCGCUCGAGGCACGCCAUCGCUGUAGAGGAGAAGGACUUGGAUACCUUUGACCUGCCUCCACUGAUGGCAGACGAGGCGCUUCGAACCUUGGCUGCUCUGAGGCAGCUCCUGAUCAAUCACAUGGAUGGUCAAGAGGAUGUGGACAGGGACAGAGAGAGGGGGGAGGCUGAGCUGAGGGCAGGGUCUCUGCAGGGCUCAGAGGAAAACACUGCCCCUGGUGGCUCAGUGGAGAACGGCGCUGAGAGGACAGAGACCGCACACACCAGGACUGAGAAUCGUCACGAGCUGCCCUCAGGAGACACAGGUUUCUUUGAAGGCUCAGAGGACUUUGUAGGCAGUUACAUGGUGCUGGAGGGUUACGGUGGUUCAGGUGAGAGCAGCACUGAUGACGAUGGGCAGGCCUGCAGCACCGAGCCUGCAGCAGCAGGUGACUCGGUCAUCGACCUGAAGAAGCUCUUGUCCUCUGCAUCCUCUCAGAGCAGAGGACCCAACUUCAGCAGACAGGUCAUGACACACUUGCGCCUGCUUCAGGGCAACCUGCAGCAGCUGAAGGAUGUAGAAUCAAAAUAUAACCAACUAUGCCAAAGGCACUCAGAGCAAGCAGCUACUGAAUCAGAAGAAAACAAAGAUAAAAGCUAGUGUUUCUGGAGCUAUGGUAUCCUGCUGGAAGUAGAAGAGACACAGGAAGGUUGCUGUGGUCCUGCUGCUCCCUGCUCAACUCUUGUGCAUCUUAGCUGCAAUAACGAAGACCGAGACCCCAAACCAAACCUCACACACGCAGUACAGGAAAACCCAAGUUCUCUGGCUGACUUUCUGAGGAAAGAGCGGGGGAAAUUUAUGAAGACAUUCCAUCAUCCCUAGUUGCUUCAGUUAUUUAUUUGGAAUUACCAAGAUUUGGAUUGAAGCAGCUCUCUACAAAACUCACAGAGUAAAAGAGAACGAUGGCAGCAUGGCACCAAGGAUAAUCUAAAUCCUGGACUUCAUCUCUUCUAGUUUUCACGUGGAAUCAACUUAUAUGUGAAAUUGACAGUUUUUAAAAAAUGCUCGGCUCUGACUGGAAGAAAUUGAGUUUGAUAUCAUAACCAAUAAAAUGAUGCCAGAUGUAGUUCUAUAGGCCUUAGACCUCGACUGCAAUCGACUUAUGAAAUGUCCUUCAUAAGGACUAAUGCUACAUAAAGCCAGAUGGAUCAUUCCUAUUCUGUAUGGAUAUGAAUGUUAUUACUGCCGCACACAUCUGCAUGAGGGCCUCAUGUGGCCUGAAACUACACAUCUGACCACUAAACUACAGGAAGAAUAUGUUACUGAUUCUGAGCAAAGCAGCUCGUACUGAAGCUUCAAUACACACAAUCAGGGUCAUCAUCAGGAUGUUGAUUUUCAUAAAGCCUAUUGUUCAGGUUUCUUUCUGAAAUAGCUAAAAUAUGAGCUUCUCUGGUUUUAAGGGUAAAAUGCUGAAUCCUUUUAAUCUAACAUUGAUGCGGAGAGAAAAGCUGGAAGAGGCAUCGCUCUUUACUGCUGUUACUGUGUGUAGGGGGAAAGCGAGUUGCCUGAAAAUCUGAAAAGACGGGAUGUUGCUGCUUUCCUGUGUCCUCAUCACCAACCUGAAGCCUCUGUCUCAUAACUUUAAGCUUUUUUCUCUACCACAUUCUGUUGAAUGACGCUACUGAAGAUCUCUAUGGUCCAGUCAGAAGUGACCAAGAGAAAGCAGAACUUUAUCACCACAAGGCACUAUAUUCUUCUAUUGUACAAGCCAAACUCGAUUGGAAGUCUUACUGGAUGGUUAUAGCAUGGAUUUUCCUUUUAUCCGGGACAUGGGAAUGAAGUUGUAUGAAGAUAGAAAUGAUUAUGAAAGUUACUGCAAGGACUUGUUAUAAAAAAAAAAAGACCCCUAAAGGUCUAUAAGUGUAAAAUUGUACAAUUAUGACCAACACUGCAUCUCUUACAGAGACCUAAUUCCUUUUUUUUUCUUUCUGCUUUCUACAUUAUAUAUGAGUCGUGUAUUAUUUUAACAGAACCUACUAAAAAACCCAAAAAAGGAAAAAAAUAAAUGACUACAAGGUAUCCUUAAA